UUAAGAUAUCGUUACCAUGGCAACGCGUCCAUGGAAACGUUAUUCAUAAAGACAAUAAACUAAAAUUUUACUUAUUAUUUUAUUUUUAGUUAAAUAUAGUAUUUAUAGUGUUAUAAAGAAAAGUGUUUAUAGUAUAGUGUUUUAGUUUAGUUUAAAGUUUAUAAUGGCGAGUGGCGAGAGUAGUCGUAAGAAAAAGCGGCGUGAGCCCCAACCCGAAGGCAAGCCGUGUCCGUCCCGGUUCGUGCCGCCGGACGUCGGCGGCCGGACCCUGCCGUGGGUGCCGCGAGCCGGCUACGACCACGAGGUGGGAGAGGAUAGUCACCUCGUUAAAGCUGUUAUGAAUAUGUACCCUGAAGGUGAAGGAGAUGCCCGCUGCAGCAAGUUCCUGCCGCUGAUGCAGACCAAGUCCUGGACGAAGGGCGUACCGUUUCGGGACAGUUAUAUACACGCCAGACCCUCGGAGACUAUUGGCAACUGCUACACGACCACAACGAAAACAAUUCGUUUAAUCAACAUGCCUCCAAAGAGGAGGCCUCCUGUAGAGCGCUAUGGACCUCUCGGACCUAACGGCGAGAUGCAGUUCCCUCCCCUCAAGAGUCUAGCAGAGAGGGAGAAGGAGAAAAAGGAGAAGGAGUUGGAGGCAGAGAGGAAUAAGCAUAAACUACAGAAAGGUUUAGUAAGGCUAGAAGACCUGGUGUCCGGGGAGUAUGACAGGAAGAAGGCUGCUGAAGCCGAGGCCAAGCGCAAGCGAGCGGAGAAGCGCAAGCUCGCCAAGGAAGCCGCGGAGAUUGCAGCACAGGAGGAGUUUAAGAGACGGCUAGCACGUUUAGAGUUCGAGUUGCCCCGCGACCCGGACGAGCAGAAGGAGCAGAUGCUGGCCGUCACCGAGGAGGAGCACUACCGGCCCAUCUCGCCCGACGCACUCGAGAGGAUCGACUUCUAUCUCAGCCAGUCGCUGUCGGGCAAGCAGCUCCCGGAGUACCCGGUGGAGCUGUACCGGCGCGCGCGGCAGGCCGUGGACAAGCAGACGGCCGGCAUCAAGCGCCGCAUGCUCAUCCUCACGUGGCAAGCUAAUGUACGCCAGUGCGAGGCCGAGAUACGGGAGUUCUUCGUUAUGGCUAUGAAGAGAUGUAUCCUGAUGUACAUAGUGGAGGACGUGGCGGAGCGGGUGCGGCUGCAGAUCCCGUUCGUGCCGGCGCUGUGGCCGGCGCUGAUUGUGCGCGCGCCCGUGCCGUGGCACACGCCGCUGCUGAAGGCGCGCGAGGCGCUCUUCCACCGGUACUGCCUCGGGAACCCAGUGCUGCUGGAGCUGCGCAGGAUGUGGCACGAACGAUACCAAAACAUAUUCAUAGUAGACAUGGAGAAGAUGCAGGCAGAGGUUCCAUUCCCUCAGUACACGAACGAGUUCACGGAGAACCUGAACAAGCUCUGCGCCGCGACCAGAGCCGAGCUGGAGGAGAACUGGCUGAUCGACGUGGCUGACACCAUGAUCAAGAUGAGGCACCACUGGUCAGGGUAUGUCGCCAAGAAGAGGAACGAGUCUACUUCCAGGGUUGAGAGUUUUUUCAGGUGUAUCCGUGCACUGAUGUCUCACCAAAUCCGAGGCCUGGUGGAGCGGAGUGUCGCUCACUUCGCUCAACAUUUAUGCGCUUACUCGGAAGGCAACGCGUUCGAGGGUCCGUACCGCGACUACAUGUUCAUAAAGCGGCCCAUAAUCCGAGUGAAGGUGAUCGGCCACCCCGGCACCAACAACAUCACCUUCGAGCCCGGCCUCGAAGCCAUCAAGACCAUCGUCAUCAAGUGGUUCCAGGCCAUCAUCAAAGUGUCACAGGCGCUGCCUUCUGUUGAUAAGAUUAUGUAUCCCACGACGAACCGUCCGGAGCCGAUGUUGAUGGGCGUGUUCCCGGACGAGCGCUACAUGCUGGACGUGAUCAGCGAGGCGGUGCGCCAGGUGUCCAUCAACAAGCCCGGCCCGCGCGCCUUCCUCGCCAGCUACGACGACUACUUCUACAUCCUCAACGGGGAGGCCAAGCAGGACCUGCUCGCGUUCUUCGCGCAGGAACCACCGCCUUAUUUGAAGGACUUCUCAGCCCGCAUCUACAUGUACGAGAAGCUGCGCGACGAGAUCCUGUUCCUCCGGCGCGACAUCCCGCUGAACAUGGUGAUGCUGGACUGCGCGCCCAUCAACGACACGCUCUGGGACAUCGUCAACGGCCUCAGGAUGUAUAUCGUCGACCACUUCAUCAAUGUUAACCGCAAGUGGAAUAGGGGUAUCUGCAACACGUACGAGGACAUGGCGGCGCGCGCGUCCGAGACGCCGGAGACGACGGCGCAGCUGGUGGAGCUGAUCAACUACAUCAUGGACUGCCGCGACGCCGCCAUGUUCGACCUGCGGGAGAAGGCGCGCACCACCGCCGAGUACGUGCUCUUCCUCAUGCAGCAUGCGCAUCUUACGUUCGAGGAUGUAAACCUGAACACCAGGGUGUUCAUCUGGCCCCUGGACAUGGAAGAGACGAUAGACCUGACAUUAAAGACCCUCAACACCAAGAAGAUCAUGGCUGAAGACAAGUUGAGGAGUCGGAAGACCAUCUUCGAGGAUAAGCUGAAGAAGCAUGAGAAAGAGUUGGAGCUGUUCCGGAGAUUUGAUCCUCCAUUGUUAAACUUGGACUUGCUGCAGGAUGCGGUUGAAAGGGUCGAUGCCAUAUUCAGGAAUUUGAUGGAAGACAAAUACGAAGCGGAGUAUAUAAUAAACGAAGAAACUCUGCUAGACCAGGAGGUAUCGGUCUACUACAGCCUGCAGACCAUGAUCUCGGGCAUUGAACCCUUCCACAAGCUCUGGCAUACCGCACACGACUUCUACGACGGAUACGAGAAGUGGUACCAUGGACCCUUCGAAGGUCUGGCUGCGGAGCAGAUAGCUGAAGAUGUGGAGGCGUGGUGGAAGCUACUGUACAAGUUGGGUAAGCAGCUCUACGAGUACCCUGGAGCCAAGCGGAUUGCAGACAUGGUGCGGAAUAAAGUCGAGAAGUUCAAGGUGUUGCUGCCUGUACUCUGCGCCAUUUGUAAUAAGGGUAUGCGCGACCGGCACUGGGCGAAGAUCAGCGAGCUGGUGGGCACGGAGGUGGUGCACGAGCCGACCACCACCCUGGCCGACAUGGUGGAGCAGGGCGUCCACGUGUACGCGGCGCAGCUCGAGGAGAUCGAGCAGACCGCCUCCAAGGAGUACGCGCUGGAGAAGGCGCUCAACAAGAUGAAGGAGGAGUGGGUCGGCGUCAAGUUCGAGGUCGUGCCUUACAGAGACACCGGCGUGGGUAUCCUGACGGGCCUGGACGACAUCCAGCAGCUCCUGGACGACCACAUCCUGAAGUCGCAGACCAUGCGCGGCUCGCCGUACGUGAAGGCGUUCGAGGCUGACAUGAUCGCCUGGGAGGAGAAACUCAUCAGCAUGCAGGACAUACUCGACCAGUGGCUUACGUGCCAAGCUACAUGGAUGUACCUGGAACCCAUCUUCUCAUCCGAAGACAUCAUGAGACAAAUGCCGACGGAAGCAAGGAACUUCCGCGACGUGGACAAGGAGUGGAAGACCAUCAUGGCAGCCACGAUGAAGGACCCUAUGGUCCUCGAGGCCACCGACUACCCUGGCCUGCUGAAGAUAUUGAAGUACAACAAUGUACUCCUCGAAGACAUCCAGCGAGGACUCAACGAUUAUCUGGAGAAGAAGAGACUGUUCUUCCCCAGAUUCUUCUUCCUAUCCAACGACGAGCUGCUGGAGAUUCUAUCAGAAACGAAGGACCCCAUGCGAGUACAGCCGCACUUGAAGAAGUGCUUCGAGGGCAUCUACACGCUGGAGUUCAACUACCUGAAGGAGAUCGUCGGCAUGGCCUCCUCGGAGGGAGAGUCUGUCAAACUGUCCUCUACCAUACAGCCUGCUGAUGCCAAGGGCAUGGUGGAGCGCUGGCUGCAGCAGUUGGAGCACCAGAUGAUGGUGAGCCUGCGGGACGUGGCCAGCGAGGCCAUCACCAGCUACGUCACCACCCGCCGCGAGGACUGGGUGCUCAUCUGGCCCGGACAGAUCGUGCAGUCGGGCGCCUGCGUCGAGUACACGCUUGAGACUAUAGAAGCAAUCGAGACGAACUCGCUGCCGCAGCAGAUCGAGCGCAGCACGGACCAGAUCAACGGGCUCGUGUACCUCGUGCAGGGGGACCUCAAGCCCGGGAACAGGAUCACCGUCGAGGCACUCAUCGUGCUCGACGUGCACGGUCGAUCGAUCCAGGAGGAGUUGUUGGACCGGGAGGUGAUGGACAUUACGGACUUUAACUGGAUCUCCCAGCUGCGCUACUACUGGCGCGGGGAGAAGAUGAUCUGCUCCAUGAUCACCACCGACGUGGAGUACGGGUUCGAAUACCUGGGCAAUAUCGGACGACUGGUUGCUACGCCGCUCACUGAUCGCUGCUUCAGGACUCUGAUGAGUGCCUUAAAGCUGAACCUGGGCGGUGCCCCCGAAGGUCCAGCAGGUACAGGCAAGACGGAGACCACCAAGGACCUGGCCAAGGCCGUCGCCAAGAAGUGCGUCGUCUUCAACUGUUCUGAUGGACUCGAUUACAAGGCGCUCGGCAAAUUCUUCAAGGGUCUAGCCCAAUCCGGCGCAUGGGCAUGUUUCGACGAGUUCAACCGCAUCGAGCUGGAGGUGCUGUCGGUGGUGGCCCAGCAGAUCCUGUCCAUCCAGCUCGCCAUCCUCCGCCGGGAGAAGCGGUUCGUCUUCGAGGGCACCGAGAUCAGCCUCAAUCCAAGCUGCUCUGUGUUCAUUACUAUGAAUCCUGGGUACGCGGGUCGUACGGAGCUGCCGGACAACCUGAAGGUACUGUUCCGCACGGUGGCCAUGAUGGUGCCCGACUACGCCAUGAUCGGGGAGAUCACGCUCUACUCCAACGGAUUCGUGCACGCUGGACCCCUAGCCCGCAAGAUAGUGCAGGCGUACAAGCUGUGCUCGGAGCAGCUCUCCUCGCAGAACCACUACGACUACGGCAUGCGCGCCGUCAAGUCCGUGCUGUUAGCGUCGGGCGCGCUCAAGAAGAACUACCCGGAGAAGGACGAGGCGCAGCUCGUGCUCCGAGCCAUCAUCGACGUCAAUAUGCCCAAGUUCCUCUCGCAGGACGUGCCCCUGUUCAUGGGCAUCUACACGGACCUGUUCCCGGGCAUCGAGAUCCCGCAGCCGGACCGCGCCGAGCUCACGCGCUGCAUCCUCAAGGAGCUCGACAAGCGGAACCUGCAGGCCACCGAGUGGUACCUCGAGAAGAUCAUACAGGUGUACGAGAUGAUGUUGGUCCGGCACGGGUUCAUGAUAGUGGGUGCGCCGAUGGGGGGCAAGACGCAGGCCUACCAGACCCUGGCCGACUCGCUGCGGGCCCUGCAGCUCACCAAGCCGCCACCAAGACACAAGGAGUUCGGGGCCAUCUACCGCAUCCUCAACCCCAAGGCCAUCACCAUGGGACAGCUGUAUGGCUGCUUCGAUCCUGCCUCGCAUGAAUGGACCGACGGUGUACUAGCGAUAGCGUUCCGCGAGUACGCGAUGUCGAUCACCCGGGACCGCAAGUGGAUCCUGUUCGACGGGCCCGUGGACGCCGUGUGGAUCGAGAACAUGAACACCGUGCUCGACGACAACAAGAAGCUCUGCCUCAUGAGCGGGGAGAUCAUACAGAUGACGAACAAGAUGAACUUGAUCUUCGAGGCGGCGGACCUGGAGUUCGCGUCGCCCGCCACCGUGUCCCGCUGCGGGAUGAUCUACAUGGAGCCCGAGAUGCUCGGCUGGCGAGCGUUCCUAAGUUCAUACAACGUGUACUUGAACAAGAAGUUGAUCCCGGAGCAGUACGAGCUGAUCCAGGAGCUGAUAGACUGGCUGGUGCAGCCCAUCCUCGACUUCCUCAACUCCAAGUGUACCGCCUUCGUCAAGGUCGGCGAGAUACACCAGUUCCAUUCGUUCGCCCGGCUGUUCACGGUGCUGCUGGACGCGGAGGCCCAGUUCAGCACGGUGUGGCUGCAGUGCACCUUCGUGUUCUGCUUACUCUGGGGACUCUGCGCCAUCAUCAACGGCGACAGUCGCAAGCUACUGGACGCGUUCUUCCGCAAGCUGCUUGAAGGCAACAACGCUCACUACCCCAAACCGAAGUCCUUCAAACUGGCGAAGAACCAACUGUUUCCUGACAAGGACACUGUGUUCGAUUACUUGUACGACAAGAGGAACAAUGGCACCUGGAUAUCCUGGAUGGAGCUGGAGAAGGAGGUUCCACUGUUACCUACUGCUAAGGUGAACGACAUAAUCAUCCUAACAAACGAGAACGCGUGUCUGCGCUACUUCGUGAACAAGAUGGUGCGGGCGACCACCCCGAUCCUGAUCGUGGGCCCCACCGGCACGGGCAAGUCCUCCAUGGUGCUCAACUACCUCCUGUCGCUGCCCAAGGAGCGGUACAUCACCAAUACCAUCACCUUCUCCGCCAGGACUACUGCUAACCAGACACAAGACAUCAUUAUGUCGAAAGUGGACAGAAGACGUAAGGGUGUCUUCGGACCGUCAAUGGGGAAAAAGUGCCUAUUGUUCGUGGACGACCUGAGCAUGCCGCAGAAGGAGCAGUACGGCGCGCAGCCCCCGCUGGAGCUGCUGCGGCAGUGGAUCGACCACGGACACUGGUACGACCUCAAGGACAUGGUGCGCCAGGAGGUCGUCGAUGUCCUGUUCGUAUCAGCGAUGCUGCCCCCUGGCGGCGGGUCCAACCUGAUCUCGUCGCGGCUGACGCGGCACAUGCUGCUGGUGACGCUGGACUCCUUCGAGGACAACACGCUCAACAAGAUCUUCGGCACCAUCAUGGACUGGCACUUCAGCAAGGGAUUCAUUGAGGCGCUGCAGAGGCAGGCCAAGGCGAUAGUAGCAGCAACAAUGGAGGUAUACAAGGCAGUGACCCUGCAGUUCCUGCCGACGCCCAGCAAGUGCCACUACCUGUUCAACCUGCGGGACUUCGCCAGGGUCAUCAAGGGCAUCCUCCUGGUACCGGCCACGCAUAUGAAGGACCUCAAUAAGCUGGUCAUACUGUGGAUACACGAGGCCUAUCGAGUCUUCUAUGAUAGACUCGCUGAUGAUGCUGAUCGUGAGAAGCUAUACGACGUGGUAUACAAGGCAGUGUACAACAAUUUCCGCGUGCACAUGGACGCCGUGCUGCAGGAGAUGGGCUACAUCCCCGAGGGGGAGAAGUGCGGGAACAGGCACGCCUGCAACAUCUUCUUCGGGAACUACAUGGAGCCUGACGCCGACCCCAAGAUUUAUGACCAGGUGCUGAGCUUGGAGGACAUGGCGUCCAAGAUGGAGUACUACCUGGAGGAGUACAACGUGGUGACGUCGUCCCCGAUGGCGCUGGUCAUGUUCCGCUACGCACUCGACCACAUCUCGCGCUGCACCAGGGUGCUGCUGCAGGAUAAUGGCAACCUACUGCUGGUGGGCGUGGGCGGCAGCGGCCGCAGCAGUGCCGUCAAGCUGGCUGCCAGCAUACUGGAGAUGAACGUCAUACAGAUAGAAAUAUCCCGAGUGUACGGAGUGAACGAGUGGCGCGACGACAUCAGGAAGUUGCUGAUGAAAGCCGGCAUCAUUGGGAAGCCUCUCGUCUUCCUCUUCGCUGAUAACCAGAUAAUGUACGAGGGCAUGGUGGAGGACAUCAACAUGCUGCUGAACACGGGCGACAUCCCCAACCUGUACGGCAUGGACGAGAAGGUCGAGAUCCUCGACAAGAUGCAGACGGCGGUCCGGGAGUCUGGUAAAAAAAUCGAAACCACUCCACUGGCGAUGUUCGGGUUCUACGUGGAGCGCGUGAAGGCCAACCUGCGCAUCGUCAUGUCCAUGUCCCCCAUCGGGGACUCGUUCCGCAACCGCCUGCGCAUGUUCCCCUCACUCAUCAACUGCGCCACCAUCGACUGGUUCACGGCGUGGCCGUCGGACGCGCUGGAGCGCGUGGCGCACAUGUUCAUCUUCGAGAUGGAGGACGUGGACGACGAGCUGCGCCUGGCCUGCGUCGACAUGUGCCAGCUCUUCCACACCACCGUCGUGCAGCUCAGCGACCGAUUCUACAAAGAACAAAGGAGGAUGGUGUACGUGACACCAACCAGUUACUUGGAGCUGAUCAAAGCGUUCAUGUCCUUGUACGCUCUGAAAGUUAACCAGAUCACCAUGUCUAGGAUCAGGUAUGAAACCGGUCUAGAACAGCUAGACUUCGCAGCAGGCCAGGUGGCAGUAAUGCAGCAGAACCUCAGGGACUUGCAGCCACUGCUGGUGGAAACCUCAGACAAGACUGAGAAGCUCAUGAUCAAGAUAGAACAGGAUACCGUCGUGGUUGAGAAGCAGAAAGAGAUAGUAGGUGCAGAUGAAGCGUUAGCCAACGAAGCGGCCGCAGCAGCCCAGGCCAUCAAAGACGACUGUGAGUCGGACCUGGCCGAGGCUGUGCCGGCUCUGGAAGCCGCCCUGGACGCCCUGAACACCCUCAAACCAGCCGACAUCACCCUGGUCAAGUCCAUGAAGAACCCACCGUCAGGAGUCAAGCUGGUGAUGGAAGCUGUGUGCGUGAUGAAGGGGAUCAAGGGAGAUAGGAAGGUUGAUGCUAAUGGGAAACCUUUCGAGGACUACUGGGGUCCGUCCCAGAAGAUGCUGGGAGACAUGAAGUUCCUCGAGAGCUUGAAGAACUACGACAAAGACAACAUACCAAACUCUGUCAUGAAGAGGAUUAGAGAAAGAUACAUCCCGGACCGAGACUUCGACCCCGCGGUGAUCGCGAAGGUGUCGUCUGCCUGCGAGGGCCUGUGUCGCUGGGUGCGCGCCAUGGACGUCUACGACAGGGUCAUCAAGGUGGUGGCCCCCAAGAAGGCGGCCCUGUUCGAGGCGGAGUCGGAGCUGCAGCAACAGAUGAACACGCUCAACGCCAAGCGCGCGCAGCUACAGGGCGUACUCGACAAACUGCAGACCCUAAACGACGAGUUCGCGGAGAUGACCCGCAAGAAGAAAGGCCUAGAGGACGAGAUACACCUGUGUUCCACCAAGCUCACGCGCGCCGAGCAGCUCAUUGGGGGGCUUGGGGGGGAGAAGGCGCGGUGGACCGACCUCGCCAGGGACUUGCAGGAGUUGCUGUCCAAUAUUAUCGGUGAUGUGUUGCUGUCUGCGGGCUGCAUAGCAUACCUGGGUCCCUUUACUGUCAACUACCGAGGCGAGAUCGUACAGAUAUGGAACAAGCGAGCUAGGCUACUCAGAAUCCCAUGCUCGGAGACGUUCUCCCUGAUCGCGACGCUGGGCGAGCCGGUCGUGAUCCGAGUGUGGAACAUAGCGGGGCUGCCCGUGGACAACUACUCCAUACAGAACGGGAUCAUCGUCAUGAAGGCACGCCGCUGGGCGCUCAUGAUAGACCCGCAAGAGCAAGCAAACAAAUGGGUAAAGAACAUGGAGCGCGAGAACCAGCUGAAGGUGAUCAAGCUGACGGACCCCAACUACGGCCGGGUGCUGGAGAACGCCAUCCAGCUCGGCUUCCCCGUCAUGCUGGAGAACAUACGGGAGACGCUGGACGCGCUGCUCGAACCUGUGCUGCUGAGGAAUGUCUUCAGGUCUGGUGGAGUGGACUGUUUGAAGCUGGGCGACAACAUCCUGGAGUACAACCACAACUUCAGGUUCUACAUCACCACCAGGCUCAGCAACCCUCACUACCUGCCUGAAGUCGCUGUCAAGGUGACCCUGCUGAACUUCAUGAUAACUCCACAAGGUCUACAAGACCAGUUGCUGGGCAUUGUGGUGGCGCAGGACAGACCUGAGCUGGAGCUGAAGAAGAACCAGCUCAUCGUCGAAGGUGCUCACAACAAGAGGACGCUCAAGGAGAUUGAGGAUAAAAUUCUGGAGGUGCUAUCAUCAGCCGGCAACAUCCUAGAAGACGAGUCAGCGAACCUGAUCCUGUCGUCGUCGAGGGUGCUCUCCAUCGAGAUCGAGGCCAAGCAGGCGGCCGCCGCCAUCACGGAGGCCGAGAUAGACAAGGCCAGGCUCCUGUACGUGCCUGUGUCGCAGCACAGCUCCGUGCUGUUCUUCUGUAUCUCUGACCUGGCUAAUAUUGAUCCUAUGUACCAGUAUUCAUUGGUUUGGUUCAUAAACCUGUACAACCAGGCUAUAAUAAACUCCCCGAAGUCUGACGAGCUAUCGGAGCGGCUGGAGGGCCUGAACGCGUUCUUCACCAAGAGUAUCUACGACAACGUCUGCCGGAGUCUCUUCGAGAAGGACAAACUGAUCUUCUCUCUCGUUCUCACGCUCGGUAUACUGAGGUCUAAGGGUAAGUUGGACGACGACUUGGUGGCGUUCCUCCUGACCGGUGGAGUGGCGCUGGACAAUCCGUACGAGAACCCCGCGGCCGGCUGGCUGUCUGACAAGGCCUGGUCCGAGGUCGUCAGGAGCAGUAACCUGAAUGCGCUAAAAGACUUCAAAAGCCACUUCGAGAAGAACGUGGGCAAAUGGAAGAGUUUCUACGACCUGUCGGCGCCGCACGAGAACCCCAUGCCGGAGCCCUUCGACCAGCUCGAGGGGAUACCCAAGCUCAUCGUGCUCAGAUGCAUCCGUCCAGACAAGCUGAUCCCCCUAGUGCAGCAGUACGUGGUGAAGGAGAUGGGCCGGCCGUACAUCGAGCCGCCCCCCUUCGACCUGGACAAGUCGUACAACGACAGCAACUGCUGCUCCCCCCUCAUCUUCAUCCUGUCGCCAGGGUCCGACCCCAUGUCUGGGCUCGUCAAGUUCGCCACGGAGAAGAAAGCCGUCACCUUCGAAACUAUCUCUCUUGGACAAGGACAGGGUCCGAUAGCAUCGGGUAUGAUAUCCAAAGCGAUCGUGACGGGCGGCUGGGUGGUCCUGCAGAACUGCCACGUGAUGACGUCAUGGAUGGGCGAGCUGGAACGGAUCUGCGCCGAGGUCAUCGUGCCGCAGAGCACGCACUCCAACUUCCGCUGCUGGCUCACGUCAUACCCCAGCACCUCCUUCCCUGUUACUGUCUUGCAGAAUGGUGUAAAAAUGACAAACGAAGCACCGAAAGGUUUGAAGAACAACAUAUAUCGCUCGUACAUAUCGGACCCUAUCUGCGACCCCGAGUUCUACAUCUCGUGCCCGCGCACGGAGGACUGGCGCCGGCUGCUGUACGCGCUGUGCUUCUUCCACGCCAUCGUGCAGGAGAGGAGGGCCUUCGGACCUCUCGGCUGGAACAUACAGUACGAGUUCAACGAGAGUGACCUCAGGAUCUGUGUUAUGCAGCUGCAGAUGUUCCUGACGGACUACGCGGAGACUCCGUUCGACGCGCUGAACUACUUGGCCGGGGAGUGCAACUACGGCGGCCGCGUCACCGACGACAAGGACCGCCGGCUCAUCAUGUCGCUGCUCUCCAUCUUCUACAACGAUCAGGUCACUACCGUGCCCGAGUACUCGUUCUCCCCGAGCGGCGACUACCGCAUGCCCAAGAGCAUGGACUACAACUCCGUGCUGGAGCACAUCCGCGCGCUGCCCAUGAUCACCAACCCCGAGGUCUUCGGCCUGCACGAGAACGCAGACAUCACCAAGGAUAACAACGAGACUACCGCGCUGCUAUUCGGCACCCUACUGACUCAGACGCACAUAGUGAGCGGCGGCGGCGCGGAGGGGGGCGAGGGGGGCGGCGUGGUGGAGCUGACGCACGACAUGAUGGAGCGGCUGCCCAAGCUGUACGACGUGCAGGCCGUCGCCGACAAGUACCCCGUGCUCUACUACAACAGCAUGAACACCGUGCUCAAACAGGAGCUGAUCCGCUACAACCGUCUCCUGUCCGUGGUAAAGCGCACCCUGCACGGAGUACACAUGGCGUCGCAGGGCCUGGCCAUCAUGAGCUCGGAGCUGGAGGAGUGCAACAACUCCUUCGCGAAGGGCAAAGUGCCUGGAGCCUGGAUGUCCAAGUCAUAUCCUUCUAUGAAGCCGCUAGGGUCUUACGUGUCUGAUUUACUGUCUCGGCUAAGCUUUCUACAAGACUGGAUAGACGAGGGUCCCCCAGUGGUGUUCUGGAUCUCUGGCUUCUACUUCACGCAGUCGUUCCUGACGGGCGUGCUGCAGAACUUCUCGCGACACAACAAGAUCCCCAUCGACCAGGUCCACUUCGAGUUCACUAUCACCAGUAUGGAGGCGGACACUAAAGACGAACCGGAAUACGGGGUGUAUUGCAAGGGCCUAUUCCUCGAAGGCGCACGAUGGAAUCGAGUAACGAUGCAAAUGGACGAAUCCUAUCCAAAGAUCCUGUUUGACACUAUCCCUAUAAUUUGGUUCAAACCAGCUUUGAUAGCUGAUUUCAAGCCUCCUCCCUGUUACUUCUGUCCUAUUUACAAGACGAGUGAGAGGAAGGGAGUGCUGGCGACGACGGGACACUCCAGCAACUUCGUCAUGUACAUCACACUGGAAACUGACAAGAAGGAACAGCAUUGGAUCAAUAGAGGCGUCGCGAGUCUGACGCAACUUGACGACUAGACUCGAUGGAUACGAGAUAACGUUAUACAACACUUGCUAACUAAUCAGUUAUUUCUGAAAUAUGCUCUUAACUUUAACUACCUGCUUUCUGUGUUAUUCUAUUCUUAUUAUUUUACAAUCACUUGAGCAGAUUGUAUCAAAGUUGGCAAGCCGAUCAGGUCUAAGUAUGAAUUUUGGAAAUAGACUGUUGCAUGGUUAUGUAAAAAUAACAUAAUCAAAUUAACUGGUGCAUAGAUGGAUGGCCAGACAGAUGUGAUAGUUUAUUUAUAUAAUUUGUUUUAUUAUUUAUUUUUAAUUUGUAAUAUUAUGUAAUUAAUAAUUAUUAUCACUGUGAUAAUGUGCCUAGUCAUAAUCAAGUAUUUGCCAAAUAAAGAUUUUUCAUAGUAAGUCUUUGUUUCAUUUAUUAUUUUGAUAUAGACAUAUUAGGAAACAAAUCAAACAAAGGCACAAAAUAUUAGACACUAGUCUCAUUAAUUAAAGCGGAGGCUAUUUGUGAAAGUGAUACACAAACUGACUUUUAACUACAUACUUAUUGGUUUUGAGGAUAGGUGAACAAACUACUGUUAUACACAGUUCAGAUUUAAGACAAAUUCUUCCCGACAUGUCUAUGAAGCCAAUACAAAGAGAUGUCAUAACUGGAUUUCCCAUUCACAUAAUGCGUGACACAUUACCGGGGGCGCGAGGCGUUACAAACCACGCCCCUUUCUAUUUUCCAACAUGCAGUCCCAUACUACAAAAACGUUGACAAUUGUCCACAUUUUAAUGCAGUUACCACUUUCUGAGUGCUUAUAAUCUAUCCACACCUUUUUACUUAUAAUAUCAUUGAGCAGGACCGAUUUGUUUUGUCACAGUGCACAAUCACAUUAAAGCAUCUCCUCUCUGUACUUAGUUCAUGAUUAUGCCCUUAUACUAUAAUCUGGACCUCAACUCGCUAGCCAUGUAACAGCAUGUAUUAUUUGUAUGAAGGAUAAAACAAUACGAGAGAGAGUAUGAUUUAAUCAUGGACGGUAGCAGAGACAUGUUCAGCAAUGCUUAGAUUAUGUUAGUAACAUAAGUUCAGUACCAGUGUAACAGUAUACCAUAUGAAAAAUAAAGAAUGAGCAAGAAUUAUAAAGAUGUAUGAAGGUGAGACGUACAAUCAAUCAUCAGACAAUAGUUUAUUAUGUUAAUGACUUAUUACAUCAUAGUUGAACUGUAUUACACUUGUGUAGAUAUAGUUUUCUUGGAUAAGUAUUCCAAUCUCAAUAUGGCACUGUUUUCUAAAAAUAUGACUAUUAGAGACAAACAUGUUGCUGGCUUUUACCUGGAGGACUAGGUACUGAGUUUAGGAAACUUUUAUAAACUUUUACCCUAUAAAUUCAAAACAUUUAUUCCAAUUAAACCACAAAAUGGGUACUGAAACAUCAACAAAUAAAGAAAUAGAUACUAGUCUGUCUGUCAGUGAAGCUAGGUCCUUGUUCCAAAGUUUAGCUUCAAAUGGAGAAGAAGGAGCAAGAAACUAUAAUAAUAACUUAUGGUAACUUGAGACUUUGAAGAGUUGAACCAUAACAUAAUUAUCAAAAAUCAAUUCAAAUGAACUUGAGUCACAAAUUGAGAGAAGCCUGAAAGCCACUUGUUGGAUGUUUUGUGAAUCUGAUCAACUUAUGGUGUAUAUUGAACACAGCAAGUUUCGUCAACAUUAAUAUAAUAUUAAAUUAGUAAUUAGACAUUAACAUUAUACAAUUAGUUUGGCUUCAACCCAAGUAUAUUAGAUGCCAGUGGAGGUUGGUAAAACUAUUUGAUUCAUGUAGUAUCUCAAUAGCAAUUUAUAACCAAUCUAUUGCCAAAAAUUUUAACACGACGUGGAUUUUUCCUAUAAGAAUAUUAUUCAGUCUUAAUGGUAAGUAUGCUAAAAUUAUAUCUAAAUUUUGUAUUUUACCCUAUUCGUAAUAAAGAGAAAAAUAAAAAUAGUUAAAGGUACCAAACACGUACAUAUAUUU